UGAUCGAACAAUUGAAUGGCCUUCUAUUGAUGAUUUUCAAUAUCAUCAACAAUUACAACAAAAUGGUGCAACACUUCCUCCUACUCCUGUUAUGCCAACUUAUCAAUCUUAUCAACAAUUUCAACAAAGAUAUUAUUCUUCAAUACCUCCAUCAUCUUAUUAUUUUGGUCACUCACAACAAUAUAUGUUUCCCGCUCAUUUAG